AUGUAUUAUUCCGAUUUUUAUGCAGGAAUGAUUUUAAAAAGGGCGGAAAAAUCUCGUACUCGUCGACACUUGGCGGAAUAUGCACAUGUUGAAGCCGAAUGUCCUUUCAUAACGCUGGAUGAUCUGAUGGAGAAAAUUGAAGAACUGGUUUGUGACACAGUGGAUCGACUUUUAGCUGACGAGGAAGCAAAAAAAUUAUUGAAGCACAUCAAUCCAAAAUUUCAACGGCCAAAAAGGCCAUUUUUAAGAAUGGAAUAUAAGGAUGCUAUUAAAUGGUUGCAAGAACACAAUGUUCAGAAUGAAUUUGGUAAUAGUUUUAGUUAUGGGGAAGAUAUUGCUGAAGCAGCGGAACGUUUCAUGACUGAUACCAUCAACAAGUCUAUUCUACUGAAUCGUUUCCCGAGCGAAAUUAAGGCAUUUUAUAUGCAGAAGGAUGCGCACGAUAAUACUUUAACAGAAUCUGUUGAUCUUCUUAUGCCUGGCGUUGGCGAAAUUGUUGGUGGCAGUAUGAGAGUUUGGAAGUUCGAUGAACUAUCGAAAGCUUUUAAAAAUGUGGAAAUUGACCCGAAACCAUAUUACUGGUACUUGGAUCAACGUUUAUAUGGCACCUGUCCACAUGGUGGAUAUGGACUUGGCUUGGAACGUUUUAUUUGUUGGUUAACAAACACCAAUCAUAUUCGCGAUGUGUGUUUUUACCCACGCUUUGUUGGUCGAUGUGUCCCAUAA